GGGUCGCUGCCGCCACCUCUGCCACUGCCAGACAAGGUCGCCGCCGCCGCGGCUGCCGUCGCCACCCCAGCCACGAGCGCCGCUGUGCGGGAAGCAGAGCUGCCGCGGCCAUCCCUCCCUCGCCAGUGACGCGGGGCCUGGGAGACGGAGUGCGGGAGGGGCGGCGGCGGAGGAGGAGGAGAAGCCCUAGCUGCCAUGAGGGAGGCGCCGGGCGCGAGCCGGGAGGCGGCGCGGAGGUGAAGGAUGCUGGCCGGGAGGCCCGGAGCCCGGAGCGCGGUGGCAGAGCUGGGCGCCGAAUCCUCGGACUCCCGCGUCCGAGCCCCGCUCAGCCCUCGGCUGAGCGGCGCGCGUCACCGACCUGGCGCUUACCUAGAUAUGAAAAUCCAUUUAGAGAAAAAUUUAGAAGAAGAACGCCAAAUAUUAUUGCAGCAACAAAAAAUAUGUCGAAAUCGAGCACGUAAAUAUUUUGUGGAGUCAAACCGGAGAAAAAAAGCUUUUGAAGAGAAACGAAAAGAACAAGAAGAAAAAGAACACCAAAUCAGAGAACAAAUACUUCAACAAAGGAAGCAGAAGUUUGAAGAAGUCACUGAAAAAUUCCAGCGUGCCCAUAUUCCUCUUUCACAGAGGAGGAGAGCAGUUUUUCAAAAACCAGUUCCUCCAUUAGAAGAGGCCCUCAAACAAAUUCAGGAAUCCGACUUAAAACCAGAAGUAAACCUUCCCUCUUCCCACAGACCAAUAAUAAACUGGAGAACUAUAGAUAAUACCUUACCUUCAUCAUUGUCAAAAAAUGAUCACAAGCAUCAGAAACAUCUCGUAUCCAAAAUCAAUUGUGAUAAAGAAAUGAAGGAAAACAGCAAGGCAAACUUGACUGCUAACAAAGAUGCAUUUCAGCUUAAACUGGAGGAAACUCAGAAACUCCUAGAAGAUCAUCAUCUAAGCAGUUUGCAAAAAUUUUGUGAUGAAGUUAAUCAGAUAACAAAUUCUGAAACCCUCUCAAGUAUAGACAGUCUUGAGGCUGGGGAACAUGAAGAAAUAUAUUUAACUCUUAAUGAGGAGACUUCCACAUCAAUCCAGCAGCAGAAUUCUGUUUCUCUCAAAUUAGCAAAUCUGCAAUCAGCUAAUCUAAGCUGCUUUGAUGAAGAUAAACUGUCAUUCUGUAAAACUCAACAUAUAAAUAAUUGGCUUAUAAAUGUAGAUGAUCCACAUACUCAGACUGUCACGCCUUUCUCAGAUAUUUUAAGUGAACCUAAUGCUCUACCUUCAUGUGAAUGUUUAAAUAGCAAAGGACAAAAUCCAUCUCUUCUGAGUAGAACUGUGGAAAGAACCACAAAUACUGCUAAUAAUUCAGUAGCCUUUGUACAUAGUCCACCCGCAUUUGCACAAGAUAAAAAAAGCAAAAAGACCCCUGAAACUAGUACUGUGAGGAUAACUGACUCCUCUUCUGGAGCAUUCAAAAGGGAGAGACCACUGGUUACUGAGAGCCCAGCAUUUAAAUUCAGCAAAUCCUGGACCACUCCAGAUUCUCUAACCCAGGAAAUGGCUGCAAUUUCUGAUGAAGAGAAAUAUUCUGAAUUAACUCAAGAAACUAGAACUACUUCAGCUCCCACUUCAUUUGUACCUGUGGCAACACCUUUAGUUUUGCCAUCUAGCACACAAUCAGCCAGGCCUUUACCAAAGAACAGUACACAUAUAAAAGAAGUCGACCCGGUGCAGUGUUCUGAUAAGUUAGGAGAAUUGAAAGACAUUAAAGAUGAAAAGGUAAAAUAUGUUCAUUGUAAUAAGGAAGAGUUGCCUUUAUUUUCAGAUGAUUUUCAAGCCACCUGCAUACCUCACAACUCUGAUUCGAAAGAUGCAAAACAGAAAAUAGCUGAAACAUCAACAUCACCGUCUCAUGUAAUUUCUGAUUGUGACUCAGUCGGUCAGCACAAGAAAAUGAAAUAUAAUAUUCACGAGAGAAAUGGCGUGAGGUUUCUCAAAAGUAUUUUAAAGAAAGAAUCUAAAUACGAACAUGAUUAUUUUAAGGCACUAAUUACAAACCAAGGCUUCAAGUUAGGAAAUCAAAAAGCAGCAGGUAUCAGAGAUAGUAUUGAAUUAACAAAAGAAAGAGGGAAAAGUGCAGAAAUACCAAAGACUAUGAAAAAACUGAGGUGGUUCGAUGAAACUGGAGAUAUGGGGAAAAAUGCUGAAGAUAAACAUUCUUUGCAGAAUAGAGUAGGAAUAUUGCAACAGUGGUCUCAACCAUUCCACAUUCAAACUAAAAGCGGUACUGCUAGCAACAUGGCGAGUGUUCCUGCUUGCGCUGUAAAUUCUGCUGAUAGAGAAAUGCCCAAGGAUGAUGUUCUCUCUGAAAAUGUCACUGCUUUAGGAAGAUCUCGAAUAGACCAUGUGCCUUUGAACUGUUUUAUACCUUCAGAUUAUAAAAUUGCUAAGCAAGCCUGGCCAGCCUCAAAGAAAGAGGAGAGUAAAUCCCCUGUACAUAGUGGUGAUGCUAAAAGUCAGAAAGCGAAUCCACAAAGAGGCGGAGCCAAAGUAAUUAGAAGAACAAGAUCUGCUAAAGUCCAAUCAGGCUUUACAUAUACGAACAGAAAAGGCACUGUUGUUCGACCACAGUCUGCGAGGAAAGCCAACACAUUUUUACAAGCUCAGGAUAAAUUAAUUGUGCCUCAUCCUCCUCCUAAAUCUCCAUUAAAUGUUAAGAGUUGUAAAAAUACACACGUAUCUCAGUAUCAAUCAGUAAGGCCUGAAAAUUCUCAAACCAUUAGUACAUACAACUGUUUUAAUUCAAAACAUGUGCUUUCAACAGAACACAAGUUGAAUCAGUGGAAUCAAGAAAGUAGUCUUCCACUGUCACAGGUCGGUUCUGACUUAGUCACUGUGACGCCAUCUCUACCACAUUGUUCUUCUGAGUGCCAAACUUCAGCAAAAACAAAUCAUUCAAAUGGCACUCAAACGGUUGCCCAGCAAGAUGCGACGUUAUAUUGCUCCCAAAGAUGUCCGACAUAUGAAGAAAGCCAUCCCUCUGUGACUCUUAGAACUACUAAAGAAGACUCUGUUCCCUUGUGGAAAAGACAUCAUAAUAUUCUGGGUCAAAAUAAGGUUGCUGUUUCAGGCAGUACUUCUGAAUUUUUGAUGGCUGAAAACCUAGUGGAAGCUUCAGUGCCUGAGGAUGAAAUUCUAACUGUCCUGAACAGCAGGCAACUACAGAAACCAAACCUGGCUUUCAGUCAGAUCCAGCGAUUUGACAUCUGUGCACUAUCUGCUGAAGAACAGAAGAUCCUGCAGUCCCUUAAUCGUCUCAAUGAAAGGUUGUACUAUGUACAAGAAACCAUUUGCAAAAAUCCAUCCAUCAAAAGUACUUUACAAAUAAUACCACUCUUGAACAGCCAGCCAAGGACCAGUCUAUCUCCUGAUGUCGGAUCCAGAUCACAGCGAAAAUACUAAAGACGUGUAACAGUUGCUGUUACAUGGAAGAAUUAUUUUUGAGAAUGUCCUGUAAAUAUAUUAUAUAUUUCUGCAUUUGUUAAUUAUUAAAACACUAUAACCAUAAAAUAGAAAUAAAUCAUAACAUGGGCAAUGGAGAUAAAUUGACCAGUUUACAUUUAUGCUACCAAUUACACUUUAUUAUAUAUUUUAUUGAUAAGUACAUUUUUAACAAAUGGAAAUACUUCACUGUUUUUCAUGAGAAUGCUACUGGAAAUAAAUUCAUUAUAUUUAAAAAUAAAACAGAAGAU